AUGGCCAACGGAUUCCUGGAAGACUCACACCUGUGGUGCCCGAACUCAAUAACGACGGUCAGCUGGGAAGAGUGGUGGACGUACGAUGGCAUUUCCGGACCUGCCUUCUGGGGGCUGAUCAACCCGGAGUGGUCGCUGUGCAACAAGGGCCGCCGGCAGUCCCCGGUCAACCUGGAACCGCAGCGGCUCCUGUUCGACCCGAACCUGCGCACCCUCCACAUAGACAAGCACCGUAUUAGCGGGACCAUCGCCAACACGGGCCACAGUGUCAUCUUCACGGCGGACAAUGAAACCAUUUCGGCCUACGGUACGCCCCAGAUACCGGUCAACCUGACGGGGGGCCCCCUCUCGUACCGGUACCGGUUCCACGAGAUCCACGUCCACUACGGGCUGCACGACCAGUUCGGGUCUGAGCACAGCGUCGAGAGCUACACGUUCCCGGCGGAGAUCCAGAUCUUCGGCUACAACUCGCAGCUGUACGCCAACUUCAGUGACGCGCUGUACCGGGCGCAGGGCAUCGUCGGCGUCGCGAUACUGCUGCAGCUGGGCGACCUGUCCAACCCGGAGCUCCGGAUGCUGACCGAUCAGCUGGAGCGGAUCCGGUACGGGGGCGACGAGUCGCCGGUCCGGCGCAUCUCGGUGCGCGACCUGCUCCCCGACACCGAGCACUACAUGACGUACGAGGGUUCGACGACGGCCCCCGCCUGCCACGAGACCGUCACCUGGCUCGUGAUGAACAAACCGAUCUACAUCACCAAGCAGCAGCUCCACGCACUCCGGAGGCUGAUGCAGGGCGGCCCGGACCAUCCGAAGGCACCGCUCGGCAACAACUUUCGGCCACCGCAGCCCCUGCUGCACCGCCCGGUGCGGACCAACAUUGACUUUCGAAACAAACAGGAAAAGGGGGGUAAAAUAUGUCCAACUAUGUACAAGGACGUUCACUAUAAAGGUAAGAUCCAUCCCGGGGUGCAGAAAUUGUAG